CCAAACACAUAGAUUAGAGGAGAAAAAUCAAGUCUAAAGUGGAGGAAAGAAAUAAGAGGUAGAGGAUAAAUAUAAAAAAAACUGUGAGAAGGAGAAGGGAAAGCUAAAACGAAAAGAUAUACCCGUAAGGGAGCCUAAAUUUUGCCGUCGACAUGGGACUGUUGAUGUUACUGGCUGCAACGACCCUCCUCUUGGGCUACUGCCAGACGGAUGAAAAAGUAUCGCUUUAUGGCGCAAGCUACAUUCACUUUCCAGUGCAGGAGGCGAAGGGCGGUACCGACAUAAGUUUUCGUUUUCGUACUCAUCUAUCCGAUGCAACUCUUCUAUUGGCAGCUGGAAAAACCGACUAUUGUCUGAUAAAACUGGAAGCCGGAAGACUGAAGGUGAACAUCAAUUUGGGAGCUGGUGAGAGCGAAAUUUCGAGUCCACGAGGAUUGACGUUGAAUGAUCAAAGUUGGCAUGAAAUUAAUUUAACACGACGCGAGGCAAAUAUGACGCUGCAGAUUGACGUUAUCCACACAACGAGAAUGAUUUUACCCGGACGUUUUUUUGUGCUCAACAUACUCUAUGGUGUUUAUAUUGGUGGGCGAGGAGAUUUCAAUGAAUUAUUUCUGGGUCAUACGGAAUACAUGCGAGGCUGCAUGGCGGACAUUGUGUACAAUGGGGCGAAUGUUGUAGAAUCCACGAAAUUGCGAAAAGUAAAGUCUGAAGCAACUGCAGUUACGUGGGGCUGUUCAUCUGAAUUUGAUGCAACAAGAAAAUCUGAGAUAAGUUUUCUUCAAGAAGGUGCAUUUGUAUCAAUUCCACGUGCAAUUCCACGAGCAGGAUCAAGAUGGGAUUUGGAGUUGAGAACAACGUCUGAAUCAGGCCUGUUGUUCUAUAACGCUGGACAAGCAUCGCACGCUGAUUACUUGGGCAUUGAAUUGACUGAUAGCAAAAUACGUGUACUGAUGAACAAAGGUAAUGGCGCUACUGAGCUCAUUCACUCGUCCAUUGUCGCUGAUGGUAAAUGGCAUCGUGUAUCAAUAGACUUUAAUCCAAAUGUCAUUGGUAUAAGUAUUGAUGAUAAAGUAGAACGUUUAAAUCUGCCAAAUGGUGGUAAUCGAUAUUUGGAUUUGGCUGAGACCCUAUACAUAGGUGGUACAGAGCUUAACAAACGAGCUAGAGCAAUUGGUAAAGGCAUCAAGUCGGGUGAUCGUAGCUACAAGGGUUGCAUCAGAAACAUGGCACUUGAUACAAGUGAAAUUGGCCUACCAGACGUCAAGAUCAGCGAGGGUAUAGUUGUUGGAUGUGUCUGGUCUUAUCCAUGCUACAAUGUUCAACCUUGCAUUGAAAGUGCUACAUGCUCACAACUUGGUGUUGAUUCGUUUCAAUGUACCUGUGAUCAGCCACACUGUGUCAGGAGUAACUACGUUUCAACGAUCAACGCAAACGUGAGUCGAGCGGUAGACCUGGAGAUUGUAGCACCAAGGGCUAUUGUCGUGCCAGAAGGCAAACAUGCGCUGGUAACCUCUGACAAUAUAGCAAUGGUACUAGACAUUGCCAAGUAUGGGGCAAAUGAGGACGGGGUCAUUUUCACGAUGGUGAUACCACCGGAACACGGUGGACUGAUCCUGGAUUCAGCCAUUUCACCCACAGUUUCAAACCCCGAGCUAGCUUUUACCCUGCACGACAUUUACAGAAACAAGGUGAAGUAUGUACAUGAUGGAAGCGAGAGCCCGGGGGACUCUAUGAUAUUAGAGUUGAAACUGACGGCUGAAAUUGGCUUCACGCUUCCUGGAUAUCUACAGAGCCGUCUGAGGUUUCCCCUUCAUGUCAACGUUACGCCGGUGAACGACCCGCCUCUUCUCGAAAUACCAACAACCAAGGUCCUCAGGCUAGCGCAAGGUACGAGAAAAACAUUGACAAAAGAGCUUGUGUGGACUGUGGAUCCAGAUACACCACCAGAGUCACUGGUGUACACGGUAUUACGUGCUGAUACUGAUGCAGGCCAUGUUGAAAAACUCAAUCACUCGGCUCAUCCACUUGAAACAUUCAACCAGGCUGAAUUAGCACAGGGACUUAUCUCCUACGUUCAUCACGGAAAUGCCAAGUCAAAUGCAAUGCUGGGGCUUCAAGUGAGCGAUGGAACUGAAACGAGUAGACCAUCGUUUCUACGGAUAUCCGCUUAUCCACUUCAAAUAAGAUUGGGACACAAUACCGGCCUGGUAGUGGUGCAUCGAUCCAUGUCUUAUUUAACUCCUGCAAACUUGUCGUUUGCAACAAACUCAGAUGAUAGUAGUAUUGAGAUACUGUAUACAAUUGUAUCACAACCGCAGUAUGGAGUUGUGCAAGAAUUAAAUGAAACGAUUAAUAGUUGGUACAGUGUCGAGCGUUUUACGAGUAAGGAGAUUGAAGCUGGUGUUGUGCGUUAUCUGCAUACUGUUGGUAGCCCAUCGCACGAUCUUCUCAAGUUUCAAGCCAGUAUUAGAGAGCUGAGGACACAGCAAACUUUUGACUUUAACAUUUCCUUUAUCGAUAUGGAGCUCAAAGAGGUACACAAAAUGCCAUUAGAAUUUACAAACAUAAACCGAGUUAAUGUCACGCAUCAUCAUCUCAAAUAUGAGACAAAUCCUUUAAUCACGGCAGCAUCAAAGAUUGAGUACAAAUUACUAGGAGUACCCAAAUACGGUCAUUUAAUGCUUAGAAAUCGAAUCCUAUGGAAGAAUGAAAAAUUCAACCAAGAGGACAUUGAUUCAGGCGGCAUUGAAUAUCGUCUGUUCAAACUGGCGUACUCUCUAGUUGAGGAUAGAAUUACAUUUGAGGUAAGUGCACCACAGUGCCAAUCCUUGUACUCGAGCUUGGCAAUUAAGCACUCUAUUGGAAAGAACUCAAAGGCACUCGAUCCAGUCGAUACUACUGAAAUGUUAAAAGUUACUGAGGGACUGCAGGUCACUUUAAAUAUCAUUAAAAUAAAUCCAAGGGACUUCAAAGUGAAUGGCUUGAUUUACAAUUUAACUGAAAGGCCGUAUAAUGGAUGGCUUACAGUUCAAUGCUAUUCAAAUCAAACAGCAAGAUCAAACGUAACAUCUUUUACAGGUGAAGAACUCAGUAGUCAAUCGGUUUAUUACGUUCACGACGAUUCAGAAACGAGAAAUGAUAGUUUUAUGUACGUGGCAGUUGCUAGUGACGUGGAUUUUAUGUACGUUGGUAGGUUCAAUAUCGAAGUUAUCCUAAGAAACGACAAUCCACCGGUGAGAUCGGAAAUGUCAGCUUUCGACGUUGUAAUUAAUGGAGAUAGGGUGAUAACACGAAGAGAUCUCACGUACACGGAUCGUGAUACUGGUACUCAACCCAGUGAUCUCAUUUACCAAAUACAGAGUGUCUCGAAUGGUGGGAUUUAUGGUGCUGGUGAUUCAACCCUUCAGCUCGAGGAAUUUUCUCAGCAGGAUAUUAAUGAUCGUAAAAUUUUGUUCAAGCAUCGUGGUGAGGAGCUUGGAAAAAUUGAGUUUUACGUGAGUGAUGGUGUAUCACGUACACCUGGCUACUUGGAAAUUCGUGCUAGUCCACCGUACGUCCAUUUUUGCAAUAGCAAUGCGACAAUUGUCCAGUUUAAUAGAUCAGUGAUUUUUGCAAUUAACGAUUUCGAUAUUGUAACGAAUGUCGAUGUAAACGACAAACAAGUUAAAUACAGUGUAACAAGUAAACCGAAGCACGGUGUUAUUUUACAGCGAAAUAACAAAGAGGUUGGCACUUUUCAGCGUGAAGAUUUGGCGAACAAAUUGAUAUCCUACAGACACUUGGGGGGAUCAAUGACCAAGGAUGAAUUUAGGAUUAGAGUAACGGUUAAGGGAGUAUCUGCUGAGACGAGAAUCAUGAUAAAAGUUUAUCCAAAGAGCUACUGGGAGUCACUCAUAGUUAAAAAUAACCGUGCUAUUCUUGUUGAAGAGGCGACAAGUGUUUUAAUCAGCAAGAGAAACUUGGAAAUUUCACAUCCUAAAAUAACAUCGACUGAGAUAACUUAUUUAAUACGUGAAUGGCCGAGGUACGGUUACCUCGAGGUGCAGACACAGAGUGAUGGACACGGAGAAGAGUCAAAGGACGAUUACGAGGCGAAUCUAGUCAGGCACUUUGAUCAGAGUGUAAUCAAUGAAGCUCAUGUAUACUAUGUUCAAUCGGUAGCGAAUCAAACGGAGGACAGUUUUGCUGUUGAUGUCACUAAUGGAAUAACAUGGAUGCGAGGUAUCGUUGUUAAUUUUAUAAUAAUACCAGACAAGCUGUACGUUGAGGCUGACAAUAUCAGUGUCACUGAGGGAAAAACAGUUGCACUCCAGUCAACCAAUUUUAAUGUAAUUACAACAUACUAUAAUGGCAAGCUGACGGACUAUAGAAUUAUUGAAAAGCCAAAGUAUGGUAGCAUUAUUGAUUCAACAAAAAAUAAUCAAAUUAAAAAAUUUUCACAGAAACAUUUGGAGGCUGGUGUUAUUGUUUAUAAGCACAGUGGUGAUGAGUCAAUUGAGGAUAAUUUAAAAAUAGUGGUAAUUGCGGGUGAUAAAACGAGUCAGCCCAUUGAUAUUUGGAUAAAUAUACAACCAGUGAAUGAUCAAGUGCCAGUGCUUGUUAAUUACACGACAUUGAGAGUGUGGCAGGGGGGUAAUGCUUUGCUGACAUCGCAAAAUUUUUCAGCCGUCGAUAAUGACACGAAACCAUCAGAAGUCAUUUACAACAUAACAAGCGUAAAAAAUGGAUUUUUCUCCAUUCACAUAUCACCAACUGUUGAUGUUUACAAUUUUACUCAAGAGCAAAUCGAUAAAUCAAUGGUUAUGUUCACUCAUACGAAUGGAACAGAAGCGGCUUUUUGUUUUACACUAUCGGAUGGAGUACAUACCACUCACACAUACAAUAUAUCUAUUGAUACAAUUCCAAUCAGUGUGUCGAUUGUAGAGAACAAUGGUCUAAAUAUAUUUCCGUUAACAAGAAAACCAUUAACUGAAAAAUCUCUGAUGACAGUGUGCAGUGAUCCUGGUAGAGAGAUUAGGUAUAUUGUGAGACAGGGACCGAGUCUUGGAAAGAUAAUUAUGGAAACGAAUGAGGGCACUUGGCACGAGGUAGAUAGAUUUACUCAAAAAGACUUGAACGAGACUAGGGUUACGUAUGAGCAUACGAAACAGUUUAUGGACUUGUUCACUAAUGACUCGUUCAUAUUUGAUGUGGAGAGCCACUUUGCUGAAAUCAUUAGGAAUCAAAUGUUCCGGAUUGAUAUAUCAGUAUCGAGCGGUGGUCUUGGAAGAUAUAUCGUGGCUAAUCCGGUUAGAGUUGAGGAGGGUGGUUCGGCUCAAGUGCUCAUGAAUAUCAGUGAAAUCAUAAGAUAUUUACGGAGUAAAUCGGGUAUUUCAAAUCCGGAAGUAUUCACGAGAUUAACUAGCCAACCGAGUCAUGGACACGUGAUGCUACUACCCGACUUGAAUAUCACUAUGUUUAGUCAGACGCAAAUUGAAGGUGGGAAAGUAGCUUACUACCACGAUCACUCGAACAGUUUAGAUGACAAGAUCCAAUUUUCUCUACAUCUCAAACAGGGUCAUGUGAUGCUGUGCAAUGUCACUAUUCAGGUUAUCAUUUCACCCGUGAAUGAUGAACCGUUUAAGCUUGUGACAAAGGCACCAUUCAUUACUGUUGUGCAGAAUCAAACGCAGACUAUAACGCGCAAUGAUUUGUUGACUACUGAUCCUGACACAAUGCCCGAGGAACUUGUCUACGAUGUAAUUUCUGGACCAACUGCUGGACGUUUGUUGAUGCUAUCGCUUGAACAAAAUACCUCUGAAGUUAGACAGGUGACUAAAUUUAGUCAGCAGGAUGUUGAUGCUAAUCGUCUUGUGUAUGAGCACAGUGGAUCGUCUCAGUCAGCUACUUUCUACUUCCGCGUAUCCGAUGGCCGUUUUACCCCGGUUUACACUAUUUUUAAUGUUCAUGUACUGCCAAUAAAACUCAACGUAACAACACCAAGCCCUGUGAGCUUACAGCAGGGUUUUAACAUGGGUUUUGUUACCGAGGAAAAUAUAAAACUUGAUACUAAUGCUAGACAGGAGCAUGUACUAUACUCGAUAACAAGUCCACCAAAAUAUGGUGUACUUUAUGUCCGAGAUGUAGAGGCUGUGACAUUUAAGCACACUGAUUUACUAUCAAAGACAGUUGUUUUUUUGCAAACUGAUAUGUCAUCCUCUAAUGACAGUUUUGUUGUAACCGCACGCCUGAGCGAUUACCAAGUUAAAGGGAUAAGAGUGAACAUCAGAGUGACACCGUUAAUGAUAAUCCGUCCAAUGGUGGCAUUUGCCGGUGAAAAGAAUCAGAUAACAAAACGAUUUAUGGAUGCUACACCAUUGGCUGAGGCAACUAACGGAAAUCCUGUGUAUCGUAUCACUGCCAAGUCACGAUACUGUAAGCUCAAAAAAAUUAUCCGUAGUUCCGGUGAAAAAAGAAGCAUAAGGGAACGUGAAACAUCAAGAUUUUCCCAUCGUGAAAUUAUAUCUGGUCUAAUUUAUCUGGUCUGCCGAAGAUUACCGACAACAGAUUCAGAAGGAUUGCCGGAUUAUUUUCAAUUCAAUUUGACAGCAUCGACUUAUCAGCCGGCAAAUGGUGUUUUCGAGAUUAGACUUAAAUCAGAUCCUGAGAUAUCCAACAGUACUUUGGGUGGUCCAAUGGAUCCAGUGGGACACGAGGGGGAAAUGUCAAUAGCACCUAACAUGUCACACGACUACUUAAUGAUCCUUGGCAUGUUGCUCGGGGUUUUUGUCCUCGGGGUCCUUGUCAUUAUCACCAUUAGGUGCAGACAAAGGAGGUACAAGAAUACCCAGGAGAAUAAGACGAGUGAGACAACACCCACUGUCGGGGUUAUUCCACUACCAAGACCUCCUGAUCAUCUUAUGCCAAGUACGCCUCAUCUCAAGAGGUUUGGCAAUGAAUCCAUGGACAUUGCCGCUAGCACUCCACUUCCAACUCACUCAACAAUGACAUCAACAUUGCCACAGUGCAAAGUCAUACCACUCAAUCCACUUGAGAGUGUGACAAGCGCCGAUGCUGAUGUCUCAGCGAGGUAUCCUUAUGGUGUGCCUGAUGGUGAUGACUGGAGUAGUUUUGACACGGCAGAUUUACCAUGUCCACCACCCACAACUAACCGCAGGACAAAUCCAUUAUUAAGGAGAAAUCAGUACUGGGUCUAGCAGUCAACACCUUCGGGACAUACUGUUGAUUAUAAUUCAAUCGAGUAUGAGCCCGGGUAACAUUGAACUAUGAAUAUUAAGUAACUGGAGAAAAGACUGUAAUAAUUGAUAAAUUUUCAGGCGGAGGGAACUUGAUGUUCCAUUGUACAUGGCUAUGUUUGAAUAGUUUCACGACUCUUCUUUUUUUUAUUUUCGGUGUUAAGAGGAUUGGGAUAAUCCCUGCGUCAACUUUGAGGGUUGAUUAUACCACGUGCACAGCUACCUAACUCGGCCUAACUGAAGUCGCUUAUUUUUUUUACGAUAUUCUUCUUUAUUUAUGGGAAAAUGUGACCCGUUUUUUGUAAUAUAAAAUGUUAAUAAAUAUGUAUACUAUGAAUGGGAGAGAGGAUUUUUGGAUGAUGAUGGGAUCUUAGGUGUUAUGUGUAAUAAUUGACAACAACGUUUCAAUAAUGCCAUUGUAUGUAGCACUAUUCAAUGAAAACAUCGAGUAUUUGUUAUUUAUAUUGAAUUCUGAUUCAUUAGCAGUAAAGUUGAAUCGAAAAUAUAAUUUUGGAUAGAUUGAACAUGUACACUUUUGAUUAAUAGACAAUUAUAAGUUAUUGCUAAAUUAAUUGGAAACCUGUAUGAGGAACAUUGGAAGAAGAGAAUAAAUUUAUAUUGUAUGAAAUUUAUGUUCACGCGCUGAUUCAAAAUGAUUAUCAGACUGAAUUGAUACAAAAAAAUGUAUGGGGAGAAACAUUCAAAAAAUUUUAUAAAGAAAACGCUGGCUAUUAGCAGGUUCGUGUUAUUUGACGAUUAUGGCAUAAAUCCAUGAUGAAAUGAAUGAAUUUCACAAGGCGGACAACAACAAAGGAUUUCAACAAUUAUUUCCUACUGAUCGUUAUUCAUAUAGUUUCAGCCCAUUUUUCGACUCAAUAAUUGGUUAUAUGCUGGAUGCCAUAGGGCUCAUCGCAUUCGCGCAUUUCACGCAUAUAGAUAAACACCGAGAGGGGGAUGCCAGAUGCUAUCGAUUCACUCCCGAUAAUUCCCUAAUGAAAUUCCCAUAUGAAAAAAAAUAUAUAUGAGUUAUACAUGACAGGCAAAGAGUCAUAUAUGAAUGUUUAGAAGUGAUAUUAAUUUUUCCGUAUGAAUUCAUAGCUAUAACGAAAAUGAUUGGAGAUUUUCAACAAAUUAAUGCACUUGUUACAAAAUGAGAAACAUUCGAAAUUGAUCUGAUGAAAACAUUUGAACUUGAGUGGAUAUCGAAGCUCACUGAAAAAUUUGCUAGUGUCGUAAAAUUGUCCACGUAUGGAAAAGGUCCAUAACAAAUCCUCGUGUUCAGAAAUUCUGUUGGAAUUCUCGUGGGAUUCUCUCCGUUUUCAAAUAAUGUUACAACAAAUUAGGUGAAAAAUAUUGGAUACCUAUUUUUUUAUUUCUCAAAAUCAUGAAAUUUAAGAAGUUAUGGCCUAUUAAAGAAGCAUUUGCAUUAGGAUGUCAUAAUACAGAUAUUUCAGAUCCCCCAUAACUUAUCAAUUUUUCAUAAUUUAAUGAAAUAAAAAAUAUAUGUUCAAUAUUUCCGUCUAUAUUUAUUUAUAUUUUCAUAUCCAGCAACAAAAAUGGCAUACAUUAAAUUAAAAUAUUUCACGGAAAAUAUUAAAUAGACAUUUACAAUUCUAUCCUAUUUGGAUUUUUUUAGAGAAAUCUCCCAGUAUGAAUUUUCUAUUUCUUUUCUCGCAUUUUUAUCGCCCCUCUAUGUCCAGAACUUUAUCUAGCAAGGAUCUCAAAAGAAUAAGUUGUAUAGAAAAUAUUAAAUAUUUCCACUUCAAAAAAGCUGCGGAAUUUUGUAUAGAAAUUGGCAGACAGCAAAUGUUCUCGGAUUUUCUUUUGCAUUUUUCACAUACACUGUGCUAAAAUUUUUGAAAAAAUUAUUGCACAGUUCUGUAUAAUAUGAAGUGCCCUUUUUAACCUUUUUCCUUCCUUUCACUGGAAAAUUUUUCAUACAAGCUUCUUGUUCCUCGUUUACGGUGCCUAGCACAAUAAUUUUUCCGGAAUUUUUCUCUCCAUACACUUAUGAUUAAAUUGCGCCUAAGUGUGUAUGUGUGCAGAGAAUGUCUACCUAUUAAUUUUGGGUAAAUUGCGUCUUCGUGUAGAGGAACACUGGAAUAAUACGGAAAAAAAUGAAAAAAUUAAAACGAUUAUGUAUAAUUAAUAUAAGCAUGUUUUCAGUAUUAAAAUGUUUGAGAUGGAUUUACGGAUGUUGAAUGGUGAAUGCCCGGCUCGUUGAUUUUUACAACUUAAAAUUAAAUAAAACGAGAGAAUAACGAUUACAAAUGUUAGUGUAUUUAGAGAGCAUAAAUACAUCUGUACGAUUUAAUCAAAUGAGUAAUGACAUGACUGUUGAUUUUUUGAAAAUAUUGCGAAUACAAAAAUUAUGAGUUUGCAUUGAACAUCAGUGCCGUAUGGUGAUAUAAAUUUUAACAUCUUUUCAAUGGCCACAGAUGCAUCGAAUUGGGGUUUAGAAUGAGUGAAGUAUCAUUAUAUUGGUCAUAGUGAGAUGAAAUGAUUUUUUUAUGAUUAGCAAUAUGCAAUUUCUAGGCAUUUUUUAUAAUCUUCAUGUCGAAACUGAUCCGAGUGCCACACAUGUCUAUAAUUAUAGAUGAGACUACAAUAAAAUUUAUUAUAGCGAUGUAUUUUCCCUAUUCGAAUCAAAUUAAGCAUAAUCUGUAAUCUUAUAAAUAUAAUUAUAUUAAAUGUG